AGGAGCCGGGAGAGCCCCGCAGCCAGCCCCUCUUCCUGCCCCCUUCCCCGGACAUCUCGCCGCUCCCGGUGGGAUGGAGGUCCCCCUUAAGCCUCUUCCUUCUCCCCGGUAGCAGGCGGCGGGGUCCGAGUUCGGUGCAAAAAUGCUGGGCAUGUACGUGCCGGAUAGGUUCGCCCUGAAGUCGUCCCGGGUGCAGGACGGGAUGGGGCUCUACACGGCCCGCAGAGUGAAGAAGGGUGAAAAGUUUGGCCCCUUUGCAGGGGAGAAGCGAAUGCCACAGGAACUGGAUGAGAACACAGACUGCAGGCUCAUGUGGGAAGUUCGUGGGAGCAAAGGCGAGGUCCUUUAUAUCCUGGAUGCCAGCAACCCACGCCAUUCGAACUGGCUGCGGUUUGUCCAUGAGGCUCCAUCCCAGGAACAGAAGAACCUGGCAGCCAUCCAGGAAGGGGAAAAUAUUUUCUAUCUGGCUGUGGAAGAUAUUGAAACAGACACAGAACUUUUGAUUGGGUACUUGGACAGUGACAUGGAAGAAGAGGAGGACGAGGACGAGGAAGUAACUGUUACCCAGGAAGAUGAACACAGUGGCAGCAAUAAAGAAGUGCAACUAGCUGGUGAAAAAAUUGCACAUCCCCUCACCUGUAAACAGGACCAUGCAUGCCCAAACUGUGAAUCCAGUUUUGCCAGCCAGGAAAUCCUAGCUGAGCAUCUGCAGACUUUGCACCAAAAACCCAGUGAGGAAAAGGAAUUUAAGUGCCGAAAUUGUGGAAAGAAAUUCCCUGUUAAACAAGCUCUACAAAGACAUGUCCUUCAGUGCACAGAGAUUAUCAGCCCAGGAGACUCCUCCAGAAGUUUCCAGUGCUCUGUUUGCAAUACUGCCUUCAGCUCAGAAUCGAGUUAUGAGCAGCACAAGGAGGCGUGCAGAGGGGAUGCCAGGUUCAUAUGCAAGGCAGAUAGCUGUGGGAAGAGGUUCAAGAGCAAGGAUGCCCUGAAAAAACACAAAGAAAAUGUUCACUGUGGAAAUUCUAGGAAGAAGCUGAUGUGUUCAGUGUGCAAUAAGAAAUGUUCCUCAGCAGCAAAUCUCCAGGAGCAUCGAAAGGUCCAUGAGAUCUUUGAGUGUCAAGAAUGUGACAAGAAAUUCAUUUCGGCAAACCAGCUGAAGCGCCAUAUGAUAACUCAUUCAGAAAAACGCCCCUACACCUGCGAGGUUUGCAAUAAGUCCUUCAAACGACUUGAUCAAGUGACUGCACACAAAAUAAUACACAAUGAAGAUAAACCUUAUAAAUGCAAGCUUUGUGGAAAGGGAUUUGCCCACAGAAAUGUUUACAAGAAUCACAAGAAGACCCAUUCUGAAGAGAGACCGUUCCAGUGUGAGGAAUGCAAAGCCUUGUUCCGAACCCCCUUCUCUCUACAAAGACAUCUGUUAAUCCAUAACAGUGAGAGAACCUUCAAGUGUGAUCAUUGUGAUGCCACUUUCAAAAGAAAGGACACAUUAAAUGUUCAUAUUCAAGUUGUACAUGAUGGACAUAAGAAAUACAAGUGUGACCUGUGUGACAAAGCUUUUGUGACACCCUCGGUCCUGAAGAGCCAUAAGAAAACUCACACAGGAGAAAAAGAGAAGAUUUGCCCAUAUUGUGGACAGAAGUUUGCAAGCAAUGGAACAUUGAGAGUUCAUAUUCGAAGCCAUACAGGUGAGCGUCCUUACCAGUGUCCUUACUGUGACAAAGCUUUCAGCAAGAACGACGGCUUGAAGAUGCACAUUCGCACCCACACCAGGGAAAAGCCGUACCAGUGUUCGGAGUGCAACAAGGCUUUUAGUCAGAAGCGAGGCCUGGACGAGCACAUGAGGACCCACACCGGGGAGAAGCCCUUCCAGUGUGAUGUUUGUGACCUGUCCUUCAGCCUGAAGAAGAUGCUGAUCCGACACAAGCUGACUCACAACCCCAACCGCCCCAUGGCAGAGUGCCAGCUCUGCCACAAGAAGUUUACAAGGAAUGACUACCUCAAAGUGCAUAUGGAAAAUGUCCAUGGAGAAACUGACAGCUAAAUACAGCCUCAGUGAGAAGAGUAGAUCCAAAGUGGUGCAUUUGCAUGUGUACAAACUCCAGACUUUCCACCUGGCCAGUAAGCACAGUCAGGAGAAACAACUGUAAUGCCUUCACACAUUAUUUUUCCCAAUUUUGUUGAAAAUAUGUUAGUAGCAAAAAAACCCUAAGACAUUCUGAUGUAAAACAGUUUGAAAAUAAAAGAAUUGAAGAUACAAGAACUUUGGAGAAAUUUUAUCCUCAUUUAAACAAAGAAGCUUUAAGCAAACUUUUCUUUGUUAAUGACGUUUUUAGAAACUUAGCUAUUAGUAGCAAUGCCUGGAAAUCCUGGACACUUGCAACAAAACUCUUGACUGUCUGCAACUGUAUUUUUGUAUCUAACCUACAAGGCUCCAUUAAAAUUAUUUAAUUUUAAGCCAUGUGGAGUCCUGUUUUGAGGAGGCUGAAAUCUAAUCUCCCCUCUUUGACCUAAACCUAAGACUCCUCCCCUAAAAUACCUGAUAAGCCGCACAGCCCUGCCCCUGCUCGCUCUCACCCCCUCCUCGGCCCGGGGUAGGGGGGAAGAAAUGGAUUCUCGUGCUUACAACAAACAUUUGUCUCAUCUGUUUCCCUGCCCGUGGUUGUAACCUCCCUGGACACGGUCACUGUUGCCACAUGACGCAACAAAUGGUGGAUGAAUGCAGGCAACCAGUGAGGACAACAGGACCGACACCUCCUAAGUCACCUCUGCGGGACCCCCAUAAAAACAUGGGGGUAAAAGCUUACAGAGAGGGAAACUCCCAAGAAGGAGACCGGUUCUCUGGGACCAAGCGAUGGACUAACAUCUACCAUCACAAGUCUUUUCAUUCUUCAUGGGAAGGAGUUCUUAAAAGCUACAAGCAGCUAGUCUGCCUGCAAAAAGGACUAUGCUGGGGACUCUUACCAACUCUCCUGACACGUUUGCUGCAACUAAUGGAUGAUAAAGCCCUACUGGCUACCUAUGGACGAUUAUGGACGGUUUGUAUGCAGAGUGUCAGUGCCCUAGACCCGCCCUCCUGUGAACCUUUAUGUUUUUCAGUUUCUGUGAAGCUACUACCUCUAUCUUUCCUUACCCUUUGUUCCUAAGAGUGUGGCAAGGAGUGGAGACUGCCAGGAUGGCACAGAGUUGCUACCAUCUCUCCGUUACCCUGUGCCCCUCUCCACCCCUGUCCCCCUUUCCCUGAAGGCAGGACAAGGUCGGAAACUGUCCAGAAGUGAUGUGGGUAUGCUACUGUCCUCCCGCUGUCCUGUGUCCUCCUUUGCGCCCCUGUCUUUCCAUAUCCCCCAUUCCCUGCCCAGGAAGGCAGUGGCCACACUGUCCCAGGCACUCCUUCUAAAAAAUGGUGCUUACCAUGCAGUUUUGAGAACCCCCCCUUUCCUGUCGAAGUCCUUCUCUUCCAGUCCUGUGCCUGCCCCUCUCCCUGCCUACCUACCCUCGCUUCCUGCCACGCAGCUUGCCCCUGCCCCGGGCCUGCACAGCAGAGGAGGUGAGGCAGGGCUGGUCAGAGAGUGCCAGGCCCUGCUGUGCCCUGCAGCCGGCACGGCAAAGGCGGCGUGGUGGAACUGCGCAGCCCUGAGAGAAGGCCGGACCCUGCCACGUGCUGCAGAUAGCUCUCACUGUAGCUUUCACCGUUCCUUGCUUCACAAUCAUCACCUACAAUAACAGCACCAGCACCAAAGCCAAGACCGAACAGUAAGAACUGUGCCCUCUGUAAAAAACAGAUGAAAGAACUGCACCUCUUCUGGUAGGAAGAACAAAAGCCAAAGGAGAUUGAACUAUUAACCCAUUAAGUGAAAAUGUAUUCAUUUCAUUCUGUAUCAUCAAUUCUGUUACUUUAUCCUCUGUAAUUAAGUCUCAAAUGCUUUUCUGUUACUUGUUAAUUUAGCUUAAUAAUGUUCAUUUUAAUUUUGCAAACCAAUAAAUCAUAUUCUCG